UUUGUAAAAAAAGGAAACAAAAAUAGCUACCCGAUUCAAGAAAAAUUAAACAAAAAUAGCGUUUCCAGGGCUACAAAAGUUCCGUCAAGUUAUCUGUCGCGUGAAAGCGAAGAAACGCAUCAAGAUUUAUAAAAAAUUAAAUGUUCUGAAUUUGGAACUGUAUGCAAUCAGGGGUUUCGCAAUAAAUUAAAAUUGAUCGGUGAAAGAUGGAUUUCGAUGAUAUCCUGGCUGGUCUGCAGAAGACGGGUAUGGAUCGAUUUCAGAUAUCAACAUAUUUCUUGGUUUGUUUGCCACUGUUUCUGUCUGCUCAAAACGCCCUCGUCUACAUCUGGACAUCCAGGUCACCGGACUACAGAUGCUUUGUGCCGCAAUGCGAGAAGGAUAAUCAUACAAAGUUCGAUUCCGAGUUUACGCGAUUCGCAAUCCCCAACAAGAAUAGCGAUCUCAGUGCGUACGCUCCGUUCGAGUGCAGGACGUUCAAGUACAAGGGCGAUGGUCAGUCGUGCACGAAGAACGAUUUUACCACCGAACAAGUGGGGACUGACUGCGACAAAUACGUAUUCAACGACGAGGUCAGCCUGGUGCAGGAGUACGAACUGUACUGUCCGAAGAACGCUCACUUUUUAUCGUUAAUUGGAAAUUCGCAUUUCCUGGGUAUACUCUGCGGUACCAUCACUUUCGGCUUCCUCUCCGACAGGUACGGCAGGAAAUAUACAUUCAUCGCGUCCAUCGUCUUCAUGGGUAUCGGCGGGUGCACACUGGCUUGCAUGUCCACAUACUCAGGAUUCAUGAUUAUCUCGUACAUUCAUGCACUCGGCGUAUCCGGAGUCUAUCCGCUUGGAUUCGUUUUAGCGGUCGAGAUGGUCGGCCCGACAAAACGGGAAUUGGCCGGAAUGGUGCUCAAUAUGUUUACUUCGUUCGGUGGUGGUAAUCUUGGUGCUCUCGCCUGGGUAACGAGACAUUGGAUUUGGUAUCAGUUGGCCAUCGCCGUACCGUGUCUCCUCUUCCUUCCAUACGCCUGUCUUAUACCCGAAUCGGUGCGUUGGUUGAUCGCCAAGAAGAAGUUCCGGCAGGCGAAGGAGGUGCUCUACAAGAUGGCCAAAGCUAACGGCAUGGAGGUAACCAAGGAGAUGGAAGACAGUCUAAAGGACACCGGGAAAGACGAGAAGAGUCCGGACAUUUGGCCGAUGAUGAAGGGUACCCUCAAGUCCAGGAAGCUGCUGAUAAGACUACUAAUCGUGUUCUUCAUUUGGUUCGCCAAUGUCUUCAUCUACUACGGAUUGGCCUACGUGUCCACGUACGUGUUGGGCGGUAAAUACUUGAACUUCAUCAUGGCUUUCGUCGUCGAGAUACCUAGCUACUCUUUGGCCUGGUUUUCGCUCAAGAAGCUCGGCAGGAAGAUUUCGACGAUCGCCUCGCUGAUCCUCUGCGUGGUGUUUACCGUAAUUAGCAUUUGCAUACCGGACUCACUGGCUUGGUUGUCCACGACGAUGUUCCUGUUGUCCAAGGUCUUCAUUACCGCUUGCUUCGGUAUCAUUUACGUUUACAACUCAGAGCUCUUCCCUACCUUGAUCAGAGGAGCCUGCGUCUCAACCGGAUCCACGAUCGGAAGAUUUGGCGCCCUAUUUGCACCCCUCGCCCAAUACCUGGCCAGUUACACGGGUAAGAGUUGGUUACCGAUGGUGGUCUUCGCAGCCGUCGCCGGAGUCGCUGCCGUUUUGACCUUUUUCCUUCCGGAAACAGUCAAUAAGAAAUUACCGCAGACCAUCGAGGAAGCGGAAUCCAUGUUAGAGUUAACGUUUAGUAAUAUGGAUUUCGAUGAUAUGCUUGGACAUCUGCAGAAGGGUAGCAUGGACACCUUUCAGAUUACCACCUACAUAUUGGUCUGUCUACCAAUAAUCCUAUCAGGCGCCAAUGGUCUAGUCUACAUUUGGACUAGCGGAUCUCCGACCUACAGAUGCUUUGUGCCGGGAUGCGACGAUGAGAAGCACCCUCAGUACUACGCGCCCUUCGUCGACUUCACAAUUCCCGCAAAGUCUGAAAACCAAAACAUGCUGCGCGAAUGCAAGCAAUACAAGUACAAGGGCGACGGCAAGUCUUGCAAGAAGGAGGAUUUCACGAAGGACAUCAUUGCUAAAGAUUGCGACAAGUUCGUAUUCGACAGAGAAGUGACCAUCGUGCAAGAAUACGGAUUGUAUUGUGAAGAGAACGCUUUCUAUCAGACUUUAAUCGGCGAUGCCCAUUUUGCCGGCAUCCUUAUUGGAACGAUCUCCUUCGGUGCUCUAUCCGAUAAGAUUGGCCGUAAAUACCCUUUUAUUACUUCCAUAAUACUGAUGGGUUUGGGGGGCUGCACCCUAGCCACGAUGUCCACGUAUUGGGGCUUUUUCGUGGUAUCUAUAAUUCAUGCCAUCGGCGUUUCCGGAGUCUAUCCCUUGGGUUUCGUACUAGCUGUCGAAAUGGUCGGUCCCAAGAAACGGGAAUUGGCAGGGAUGAUUUUAAAUUUCUUUUGCGCGGGAGGUGGAGCAACCCUCGGAUUGGUCGCAUACUUAACAAGACAUUGGGUCUGGAUUCAAUUGACCAUCGGGUUUCCGUGCAUCUUUUUUGUACUAUAUAUUUGCUGCAUACCUGAAUCUGUUCGUUGGUUGAUCGCCAAGCAAUAUUACAAGAAGGCCAAGGAAAUCAUAUUGAAGAUGGCGGCCGUUAACAAGAUGGAGGUAACGCCGGAGAUUAUGAACGGGCUCAGGGAGACAAAGAGUAACACGGAGGUGCACGUGGACAUUUGGCCGAUGAUGAAGGCCAUGUUAAGACGGAAGACUCUGAUAAUUCGACUGUUCAUCAUCUUCUACCUAUGGUUGGCGAAUGUCUUCAUCUACUAUGGGCUGGCUAUAUUCUCGACAAGUAUCAUCUCCGGCAAGUACAUCAACUUUGCCGUGAGCUUCGUAGUCGAAAUCCCCAGUUACACUCUUGCAUGGUGGAUGUUGAAGAGACUUGGACGUAAGAUCUCGACGAUAUCCACACUCAUCCUCUGCGUCGUCUUCAGCACGGCCACUGUUUUUGUUCCGAAAAAUAUCGAGUGGUUGGUGGCUUGCAUGUUCAUGUUGUCCAAGGUCUUCAUAACUGCUUGUUACGGAAUGCUCUACGUCUACAAUUCGGAGCUCUUUCCCACGUUAGUGAGGGGUGUAACCGUAUCAACGGGAUCGACGAUCGGUCGAAUCGGAGCAAUGCAAGCACCAUUCGUCAUCAUACUGUCUCGUCGAGCUAGUUGGUUGCCGAUGGUCGUCUUCGCGAUAGUGGCCGCAAUCGGCGCCGGUCUAACCUUCUUCUUACCGGAAACACUCAACAAGAAGCUACCAGAAACGAUAGACGAGGCCGUCAACUUGUAGAGUACAGCGAUCAUCGAAAACCCGGAAAAAUAAACAGUUAAUAUUAUUUAUUCAAGGAACCAGAGAAACAAUCAC